AUGGACGCGCUCAACAAGCUUAAACAGUUUGACGCCUAUCCCAAAACUCUAGAGGAUUUCCGGGUGAAGACGUGGGGCGGCGCGACCGUGACAAUCAUCAGCGGUGUCAUCAUGUUAAUCCUAUUCAUUUCAGAGCUGCAGUACUACCUUACCAAGGAGGUGCAUCCUGAACUAUAUGUGGACACGUCCCGAGGCGACAAACUGAAAAUCAACAUCGACGUGGUCUUCCCUCACAUGCCAUGCGCCUAUCUCAGCAUCGACGCCAUGGACGUGGCUGGCGAGCAGCAGCUAGAUGUAGAGCACAACCUCUUCAAGCAGCGGCUGGACAAAGACCUCCAACCUGUCACGCAAGAGGCGGAGAAACAUGAACUCGGGAAAGCCGACGACGGACAAGCGUUCGACCCCAGCACACUCGACCCGAAACGGUGCGAGAGCUGCUACGGUGCCGAGACGGAGGAACUCAAGUGCUGCAACACCUGCGAUGACGUGCGCGAGGCUUACCGUCGUCGGGGCUGGGCUUUCAAAAGCGCCGACACCAUCGAGCAGUGCAAACGAGAAGGUUUCACACAGAAAAUGCAGGAGCAGAAAAAUGAAGGCUGCAAAGUGUACGGCGUUCUGGAGGUUAAUAAGGUCGCGGGAAACUUCCACUUUGCUCCUGGAAAAAGUUUCCAGCAGUCGCAUGUGCACGUGCACUCUGUGGAAAUCCACGACCUUCAGAGUUUCGGCUUGGACAAUAUCAACAUGACCCAUUUGAUCAACCACCUGUCAUUCGGUGAGGACUACCCAGGCAUUGUCAACCCUCUGGAUGGGACGCAAGUGAUGGCGCCACAAGCGUCAAUGAUGUACCAGUAUUUUGUCAAAAUUGUACCGACCAUUUACAUGAAAACAGACGGAAUGGUUGUAAAAUCCAACCAGUUCUCCGUCACCAGACAUGAAAAAGUGGCCAACGGUUUGAUAGGCGACCAAGGCCUGCCUGGGGUCUUUGUUUUAUACGAGCUUUCGCCCAUGAUGGUGAAAUUCACCGAGAAACACAGAUCAUUCACUCACUUCCUGACCGGAGUGUGCGCCAUCAUCGGAGGCGUCUUCACAGUGGCCGGACUCAUCGACUCGCUCAUCUACCACUCUGCUCGCGUCAUUCAGAAGAAAAUAGAGCUGGGCAAGGCCUCCUAA